AUGACUUUUGGAUCCUCGCAGCAGGAACGCUACGGCGAGAUAACCAAGGAGACCGCUAUCCAAAUCCUUGACACCUUCUACGCCGGCGGCGGCAACUUCAUCGACACCGCCUCAGUGUACCAAACGGCGAGUCGGAAGAGUGGCUCAGCGAGUGGAUGGUUCCGCGGAGGAAGCUCUACCAAGAUGAUGAUCGCGACCAAGUACACGAGCGCGUGGCGGCUGUUUCACAAGGAUGAGAUCCAGUCCAACUUUGUCGGGAAUGGUACCAAGUGCAUGGAGAUCUCCUGUGACUUUACUACGUCGGCCCCAGAGCAGAUCCAUAGUCUGAAUGAGCUCGUGGCGGCUGGUAAGGUGCUCUAUCUCGGCAUAAGCGAAACCCCGGCUUGGGUAGUGGCCUCUGCGGACCAGUAUGCGCGAGGCAACGGACUACGGCUCUUUGUCCUGUACCAGGGCAUGUGGAACGCCGUCAUGCGCAACUUUGAGCGUGACAUCAUCCCCAUGUGUCGCGCCGAGGGCAUGGGAUUAGCGCCGUACCGAGUCCUCAAUCAGGGUCGCUUUCAGAGAGCCAAGGGUUUCGAGGAGCGCGAGAAGCACAAUCCUAGUCGCAAGUUCACCCCGACCUCAUCCCGCGACAAACAGGUAUCAGCGGUGCUAGAGAAUAUAUCCAAGUGA